AUGCUGCCUGGAGGGCACCUGCUGUGCUGCUGCCAGGUGCAGAUCCAGGACAACAGCAUCACGUCGCCGGCCGGCCGGGGGGCGGUAGCUAGGCGUCGCCUCACCCUCACGCCGGGUCUCGAUACCCUCGCGUCAAUCACACAUCACACACAUUCACCACGCGUGCGUCUCCGUUGCCCGCCGCGAGCACGGCCGCUGCCCGCCCCGGUGCUGCGCCACCCGUCGCGCCCGACGGAGCUGCGCCAGUCCGCUCGCCCGCCCGUCUUCGCAGUGCGCUGCCCGACCAUCGCCCACCACCCACCGCGAGCGCGACACACGCCACAAGCGCGGCCGCAGCUCACCCGGCCGCCGCUGCUCGGCCACCGCCCGCCGCCCGGCGCGUCGUCGGCCACGAGCGCGACGUCCGACGCGUGUGCGGCUCCGUCGCCCACCGCGAGCGUGGCAGCAGCUCACCCGGUCGCCGCUGCUCGGCCGCCGCUGCCCGCUCCGAUGCUGUGCCGCCCGCCGCGUCCGCCGGAGCUGCGCCAGUCCGCUCGCCCGUUCGUCCUCGCAGCGCGCUGUCCGACCAUCGGCCGCCACCUGCCGCCGGCGCGCCUCCCGCCGCGAGCGCGGCCACAGCUCACCCGGCCGCCGCUGCUCGGCCACCGCCCGCCGCCCGGCGCGCCGCCGGCCACGAGCGUGACGCCCGACGCGCGUGCGGCUCCGUCGCCCGACAUGAGCGCAGCCAUUAGCUCACCCGGGCGCCGCUGCUCGGCCGCCGCUGGCCACCCCGGUGCUGCGCCGCCCGCCGCACCCGCCGGAGCUACGCCAGUCCGCUCGUCCGCCCGUCCUCGCACCACACUGCUCGACCAUCGCCCGCCACCCGCCGCGAGCGCGGCCGCAGCUCACCCCGCCGCGCUGCUCGGCCACCGCCCGCCGCCCGGCGCGUCGUCGGCCACGAGCGCGAUGCUCGACGCCGGUGCUAGAGUCGCGAGACCGUCGCCGUGCUCCGUCCGUCCGUCGUCGUAG